AUGUUUUCAAAAACCGAUCUCGCCAGGGCGCUCGUUAAGACGUUUCCCAAAGCAACAAUGGACCUCCUCCAUACCUGUCCGGACAAUACACUUGACCAAAAACUCCAAAGAGAGUGCGACCACAUAGGUGUGAACAUCCACCAGAUUAUCAGCGAAGCAAGGCAUCAUACGGUGCCUAUAUAUCAGCCCCCAACCCAAGACGCUGCUCCUAUAUCACCCCCGAAUAGCCUUCCAAGCGCUGGGCUGGAUCUACCAAUACCAAGAGCACCAACUCGAACUUCCUUAUCUGGGCAGUCCGGUACAUCUUCUCAUCGUGAGACAGGUCCUAGUCCAGAAAUAAUCACUGCAGUUGUUGCAGGGUUCGGAGAACAGAAAGAAUAUACACUGACGAUGAAACGCUCCCGUAUAUCAUCCGACUUUAGCUUCAUUACCAAGAAUAAGGCCGCGAAAUUGAAACUUUCUACCACUACUUGUGAUAUAACUUUACCGACGCGGUCGCCUGCGGCUCAUGGCUAUGGCCCCAGGGUGACUCAGAAGUGUCAGCUCACAUGGCUGAGAAGUACAUCUGAUAAAACACACAAUACAACGUGCCUCAUCGCCCCACCUAGUUAUAUAGAGGCCGACUUCGAGCUGGGGCACAAGGAUUACGGGUAUUGCGCAUUAGAAGACGAUGCUCCCGACGACUCGCCUGUCGAAGCUGAAGACGCCGGCAUGCGUUUCCACAGUUCGCAAAACAAAUUCCAUGAAAUCAACGAGCCCUCGUUCCACCGCUCUGCGAUAUCGACUUCAGAUAACCAGACGGUCAAACAAUCAGCGACGAUUCCUUCACUCAAUCAUGGUCAAGGACGUAGACAUGGAGAGGGACACACACACAAUCUCGUCGACGGCCUGAUAAGAGGGCAAUCCACUCGCAAGGGAUCUCCAACACCUUCUCAGAUCCCUCGUCCCUCCGCAUCACCUAUCAGAACUACUGGAUCACCUACACCCUCCCAACCGCGCGCUCAAGCCACCCCGGUCCCUUCUACCUCUUCCAAGCUCAGCCAGAGCUCGCAGCUUCUCGUGGUAGAAUACGUGUGGGCCGUCGACGAUGUCUGCGUGUCUGGACCUCUGGACCUCAACGCCACGGGACCAGCCUUUCUGCAAUCCUUAAAGGAGAUAUGCGAGUACGAUUUGGUGAUGGAUCUGGACCGGGAACGCCAUCGGGUUCAGUUCGUGCCGGAGAUUGACAAGUCUAAAAGGCGCAAUUUCAAUCUACAUAAUGACCUCGUUCUCCAGCAAGAGUGGGUCGCUGCAGUAGAUUGGAUUAAGAAGAAUCAUUCGAGCAACACGCCGCAGCUUUACGUUGUGAUCGUUGAAAGGCGACGCAAGAGAGAAACUUGA